AUAGGCGAAUUUGUGACCCGCUCUCUCUCUCUCUCUCUCUCUCUAAAAAUAGCUAUGUUGUCAAACAUUGCCCGCCACUCGUUGUCUCGCCAUCUUGAUUUCCUUUGCACUUUGGACACAACUAACUGUUUCGCACUCCCUCCUCUGUAAAAUCCAUUUUGAUCCUUGUAAUUCUCUUCCAACCCUUUUCUUCUUUUUGUCAGUUUUUGCUUCUUUCAUUCAUGGGUUAGAUUAUUUUUUCCCUUUUGCCUCGAUUCUCGUAAUGGAGUGGGAUAGUAAUUCGGAUCUCAGUGGGGACGAGGAUGACGGAUUCACGCUUAACGAUGAUGCUGAUUCUGGUGGUGCUGCUGGUCCGCUCCCUUUCCCUGUUGAGAAUUUGCUCCAAACGGCGCCUUGUGGGUUCAUUGUCACUGAUGCGCUAGAGCCUGACCAUCCUAUUAUCUAUGUCAACACUGUUUUUGAGAUGGCUACUGGCUAUCGAGCUGAGGAAGUGCUUGGGCGUAACUGCCGCUUCUUGCAAUGUAGAGGUCCAUUUGCCAAAAGAAGGCAUUCAUCGGUGGAUUCAACAGUGGUUGCAGAAAUAAGAAAACACCUUGAGGAGGGCAUUGAAUUUCAAGGUGAAUUAUUGAACUUCAGAAAAGAUGGAUCUCCUCUAAUGAACAGGUUGCAGCUUACUCCAAUAUAUGGAGAUGAUGAAACAAUAACUCAUGUUAUUGGAAUCCAAUUCUUCACAGAAGCAACUAUUGAUCUAAGUCCUGUGCCGGGUUCUUCAUUAAAGGAGCAUGCAAAAUCAGCUGAUCGAUUUCGUUCUGGUUUUUCUACUUAUUGUCCUAUCCCAGUACGGGACUGCAGUGUUUAUCGCGGGGUUUGUGGGAUACUGCAAUUGAGUGAUGAGGUGCUGUCUAUCAAAAUACUUUCACGUUUGACACCAAGAGACAUUGCAUCUGUAGGUUCAGUCUGUACGCGACUCUAUGAGCUGACUAAGAAUGAGGAGCUUUGGAGAAUGGUUUGCCAGAAUGCUUGGGGUAGUGAAACUACUCGUGCUAUAGAGACUGUGCCUGGUGCAAAGAGACUUGGAUGGGGUCGCCUUGCAAGAGAAUUAACUACUCUUGAAGCAGCAGCCUGGAGAAAGCUAACUGUUGGAGGUGCAGUUGAACCCUCAAGGUGCAAUUUUAGUGCUUGUGCAGUAGGGAAUCGAAUCGUCCUUUUUGGAGGGGAGGGUGUUAACAUGCAACCAAUGAAUGACACCUUUGUGAUGGAUUUGAACUCCAGCAAUCCUGAGUGGCAACAUGUCCAAGUGAGCUCCCCUCCUCCUGGACGGUGGGGUCAUACUCUUUCUUGUGUUAACGGGUCUCGUUUGGUAGUCUUUGGAGGUUGUGGAAGGCAAGGCUUACUUAAUGAUGUCUUUGUUUUGGAUUUGGAUGCUAAACCUCCAACAUGGCGUGAGAUUUCUGGAUUGGCUCCACCACUCCCACGAUCAUGGCAUAGUUCCUGCACUCUUGAUGGCACCAAGUUGAUAGUCUCUGGCGGGUGUGCAGAUUCUGGAGUACUUCUUAGUGAUACAUUUCUGCUUGAUCUAUCAAUGGAAAAACCUGUUUGGAGGGAGAUUCCAGUAGCAUGGGCCCCGCCUUCUCGGCUAGGUCACACUCUUUCAGUUUAUGGUGGAAGGAAAAUAUUGAUGUUUGGGGGUUUGGCCAAAAGUGGGCCCCUUCGAUUUCGUUCGAGUGACGUUUUCACUAUGGAUCUAAGUGAGGAGGAACCAUGUUGGAGGUGUGUAACUGGGAGUGGAAUGCCAGGUUCUGGAAACCCUGGGGGUGUAGCUCCUCCUCCAAGGCUUGAUCAUGUAGCUGUGAGUCUUCCAGGGGGUAGAAUCGUAAUCUUUGGUGGUUCUGUUGCUGGUCUUCAUUCUGCUUCGCAACUGUACCUCCUUGACCCAACAGAUGAGAAACCAACAUGGAGGAUUCUAAAUGUACCUGGGAGACCCCCAAGAUUUGCUUGGGGACACAGUACCUGUGUUGUCGGAGGGACGAGGGCUAUAGUCCUUAGUGGUCAAACUGGGGAGGAGUGGAUGUUAAGUGAGCUCCAUGAGCUGUCCUUGACGAGUUACAUUAUUUGAUUCGCAAAAAAUGUAUUGGCAAGCUGUGGCAAAGGAAUCACCUGAAGCCUUCAACUUGAUAAUUUCUUGAAAACUCAGUUGAGAGGUUAACUAAAAACUUUUGACAAAUGUUGCUUUGGUCAGGACUUUGUAUCAGGUGGUUGUCGGUUAUUUGAUUUUCUUGUACAAGGUUGUUCUGGCUCCAGAUGAACUUUCAUAAGGUGACUGAAAUCUCAGAAAGUAGAAAGCAGCUGAAAAUGUCAAAAAUGAAUGUGAAAAAUAGCUGGUUCUUGUA